AGAUCUCUCCCGUCAGCUCCUGCACACUGCUUUGUAUGCCUCUGCAUAGCAGAUACAAAGCAGUGUGUGCUUACAGUGAGACAGCACACAGUCCCCAUAGUAAAACAGCACACAGUUAACCCUUUGAUCACCCCACAUUAAUCCCUUCCUGCCCAGUGCCAUUAGUACAGUGUCAGUGAUUUUCAUUAGCACUGAUCACUGUAUUGGUGUCACUGAGGAUGUCAGUGACACCAAAUCAGUUUCCCUCCCCAGUAUCAGAAUGCCCGCCGCAGUCCCGCUAUAAGUCGCUAAUUGCUGCUAUUACUAGUAUAAAAACAAAAUUCCAGUAUAUAUAUACCGCCAUUUGUAAACACUAUAACUUUCAUGUAAACCAAUUAAUUUACACGUAUUGGGAUUUU